AUGGCGGCGGCCGCCCUCCUGCUGGGCCUGGCGCUCCUGUCGCCGCGGGCGGCCCGCGCGGGCAUGGGUGCGUGUUACGACGGCGCGGGGCGCGCGCAGCGCUGUCUGCCGGUGUUCGAGAACGCGGCGUUCGGCCGGCUGGCGGAGGCGUCGCACACGUGCGGCCGUCCCCCCGAGGACUUCUGCCCGCACGUGGGCCUGUCGGGGGGCGCCGGGGCACAGUGCCAGCGCUGCGACGCCGCGGACCCCCAGCGCCACCACAACGCCUCCUACCUCACCGACUUCCACAGCCAGGACGACAGCACCUGGUGGCAGAGCCCGUCCAUGGCCUUCGGUGUGCAGUACCCCACCUCGGUCAACAUCACCCUCCGCCUGGGGAAAGCUUACGAGAUCACCUACGUGCGGCUGAAGUUCCAUACCAGUCGCCCUGAGAGCUUUGCUAUCUACAAGCGCAGCCGAGCUGGUGGCCCAUGGGAGCCAUACCAGUACUACAGUGCCUCCUGCCAGAAGACCUACGGCAGGCCGGAGGGCCUGUUCUUGCGCCCUGGCCAGGAUGAGCGUGUGGCCUUUUGCACCUCUGAGUUCAGCGACAUCUCCCCACUGAGCGGGGGCAACGUGGCCUUCUCCACCCUGGAGGGCCGUCCCAGCGCCUACAACUUCGAGGAGAGUCCUGUGCUGCAGGAUUGGGUCACCAGCACCGAGUUGCUCAUCUCCCUAGACCGGCUCAACACGUUUGGGGACGACAUCUUCAAAGACCCCAGGGUGCUGCAGUCCUACUACUACGCGGUCUCUGACUUCUCUGUGGGUGGCAGGUGCAAAUGCAACGGGCACGCCAGCGAGUGUGGCCCCAAUGAGACGGGCCAGCUGGUCUGCCGAUGCCAACACAACACGACGGGCACGGACUGCGAACGCUGCCUGCCCUUCUUCCAGGACCGCCCGUGGGCCCGGGGCACAGCGGAGGCCGCCAAUGAGUGUCUGCCUUGUAACUGCAGCGGCCACUCUGAGCAGUGCACGUUUGACCGGGAGCUCUUCCGCAGCACAGGCCACGGGGGGCGCUGCCUCCAUUGCCGCGACCACACGGCCGGGCCGCACUGCCAGCACUGCCAGGAGAACUUCUAUCGCUGGAACGUGUGGAUGCCCUGCCAGCCCUGCGACUGCCACCCGGCAGGCUCCCUGCACCUCCAGUGUGAUGACUCGGGCACCUGCCGCUGCAAGACCACUGUGACGGGCUGGAAGUGUGACCACUGCCUGCCUGGGUUCCACUCGCUCAGCGAGGGAGGCUGCAGACCCUGCACCUGCAAUCCUGCUGGCAGCCUGGGUACCUGUGACCCCUACAGUGGGCGCUGUCCCUGCAAAGAGAAUGUGGAAGGCAGCCUGUGUGACAGAUGUCGCCCGGGGACUUUUAACUUGCAGCCCCACAGCCCGGCUGGCUGCACCAGCUGCUUCUGCUAUGGCCACUCCAAGGUGUGUGCAGCCGCUGCCCGGUUCCGGGUGUACCAUAUCCUCUCGGACUUCCGCCAGGGAGCUGAUGAUGGCUGGCGGGCCGGCAGAGUGGGGGGCUCAGAGCAUCCCGCACGAUGGAGCCCAAGGGGGCUUCUCCUGAACCCAGAAGAUGAAGAGGAGCUCACAGCACCAGAGAAGUUCCUGGGGGACCAGCGGUUCAGCUAUGGGCAGCCCCUCACACUGACCUUCUGGGUUCCUGCCGGGAGCUCCCCAUGUCCCGUGCAGCUGAGGCUGGAAGGGGCAGGCCUGGCCCUGACUCUGCGGCACUCCAGCCUGUCUGGCCCCCAGGACGCCGGGCAGCCGGGGGAGGCACAGCUUGAGUUCCAGCUGCAGGAGACCUCUGAGGACGUGGACCCUCCACUGCCCCCCUUCCACUUCCAGCGGCUGCUCGCCAAUCUGACCGCUCUGUGCAUCCGGACCAGCCCAAGCCCUUCCGGCCAAGUAUUCUUGACUGAGGUCCGGCUCACGUCGGCGCAGCGGGGGCUUUCCCCCCCAGCCUCCUGGGUGGAGACUUGCUCAUGUCCCAAGGGAUACGUGGGCCAGUUCUGUGAGUCCUGUGCUCCAGGAUACAAGAGGGAGACACCCCUGGGAGGUCCCUAUGCCAACUGUGUCCCCUGCACCUGUAAUCAUCAUGGCACCUGUGACCCCAACACAGGGAUCUGCUUGUGUGGCCACCACACCGAGGGCCCGUCCUGUGAGCGCUGCUUGCCAGGCUUCUAUGGCAACCCCUUCGCAGGCCAAGCUGAUGACUGCCAGCCCUGUCCGUGCCCUGGACAGUCAGCCUGCACCACCAUCCCAGAGAGCAGGGAGGUGGUGUGUACACACUGCCCCCUGGGCCAAAGAGGGCGGCGCUGUGAGAUCUGUGAUGAUGGCUCUUUUGGGGACCCACUGGGGCUCUCUGGGGACCCGCAGCCCUGCCAGCAGUGCCAGUGCUCUGGGAACGUGGACCCCAAUGCUGUGGGUAACUGUGACCCCCUGUCUGGCCACUGCCUCCGUUGCCUGUACAACACGACAGGCGCUCACUGUGACCACUGUCAGGAAGGCUUCUACGGGAACGCCCUGGCCCCUCGGCCCGCAGACAGGUGCAUGCCCUGCAGCUGCAACCCGGGGGGCUCUGUCCAUGAGCCGAGACCCUGCGACCCAGUGACUGGCCAGUGUUCCUGCCUGCCUCACGUGACCGGACGGGACUGUGGCCGCUGCAGCCCAGGCUUCUAUGACCUCCAGCCGGGAAAGGGCUGCCAGAGCUGUAAGUGCCACCCGCUGGGCUCCCAGGAGAACCAGUGCCACCCCAAGACUGGGCAAUGCCCUUGCCGCUCAGGAGUCGAGGGCCAGGCCUGCGACAGAUGCCAGCUGGGUUUCUUUGGCUUCUCCAUCAAGGGCUGCCGGGCCUGCAGGUGCUCCCCGCUGGGGGCCUCCUCAGCCCAGUGCCACGAGAACAGCACGUGUGUGUGCAGGCCUGGCUUCGUGGGCUACAAGUGUGACCGCUGCCAGGACAACUUCUUCCUCACGGCCGGCGGUACACAAUGCCAGGAGUGCCCGACCUGCUACACCCUGGUGAAGGAAGAGGCUGCCAAGCUGAAGGCCAGGCUGACCUUGAUGGAGGGAUGGCUGCAGGGGUCUGACUGUGGCAGGCCCUGGGGACCAAUGGACAUUCUGCAGGGAGAGGACCCAAGAGGGGACAUCUACCAGGGCCACCAUGUGCUGCCAGGAUUCCGGGAAGCCUUCCUGGAGCAGGUGACAGGCCUUGAGGGCGCUGUGAAAGCCGCCCGGGAGCAGCUGCAGGUGCUGAUCAGGAGUGCCCGCUGUGCCCAGACCAGAGCCGGGAAGACCUGCGUCCAGCUGGCAGACCUAAAGGCGGUGCUGGAGUCCUCAGAAGAGGAGAUUCUGCAUGCGGCCACCGUCCUGGCUUCUCUGGGCAUUCCUCAGGAAGUGCCCGGCCAGCUCACCAACUGGAGCCACCUGGCCACCGAGGCCCGUGUCCUUGCCAGGAGUCACAAGGACACUGCCGCCAAGACCAAGGCCACUGCUUGGAGGGCACUGCUGGCCUCUAACACCAGUCAUACGCUUCUCUGGAGUCUGGUGGAGGGCAGAGCGGCCCUGGAGGCCCAGCGGGAGCUGGAGGACAGGUACCAGGAGGUCCAGGCAGCCCAGAAGGCGCUGGGCAUGGCGGUGGCAGAAGUGCUUCCCGAAGCUCAGAGUGUGUUGGCCUCCGUGCAGCAAGUUGGUGCAGACACAGCUCUACACCUGACCUCGCCGGCUGCCCCUGCAGCCCAGCCUCAGAAGUCCUGGGCCAGGGACCUGGGCCUGAAGGUGCAGGCCGUGGAGAAGACGGUCACAUCCAAAGAGCGCAUGGUCACCGAGACUGCCCGGGCCCUCCAGGCCACUGCCCAGGCCAUGCUGCACAAGACACAGCCUCUCACACAGCUGCACCAGGAGGCCAGAGCCACUCUGACCCGGGCUUCCUCGUCCGUCCAGGCUGCCACAGUGACCGUCAUGGGAGCCAGGGCCCUGCUGGCUGACCUGGAAGGAAUGAAGUUGCAGUUUCCUCGGCCCAAGGACCAGAUUGGGCUGAGGAGGAAGGCAGCCGUCAUCCGGGGCAGGCUCCUCGAGGACUCGAAAAAGAAGACCAAGCAGGCAGAGAGGAUGCUGGGAAAUGCGGCGUCUGUCUCCUCCAGCGCCAAGAAGAAGGGCAAAGAAGCUGAGCUACUGGCCAAGGACAGUGCCAAGCUCGCCAAGGCCUUGCUGAGGGAGGGGAAGCAGGAGCACCGCCGUGCCAGCCGGCUCUCCAGCCAGACGCAGGCCACGCUCCGACAGGCCAGCCGGCACGUGCUAGCCUCAGGUGUGCACAGACAGCAGCUGGAGGAAGCUGAGCAGGUGGGUGCCAGGCUGGGCGAGAUGGAGCGGCAUAUCCAGGAAUCACGUACCUCCCUGGAGAAGGACAUCAAAGCAUUGUCGGAGCUGCUUGCCAGGCUGGGCUCGCUGGACACCCACCGAGCCCCAGGCCGGGCCCUGAAUGAGACCCAGCAGGCACUGCAGCGCCUGAGGCUGCGGCUAGGCCCACCCGGGGCCCUGCAGGGGAAACUGAGGCUGUUGGAGCAGGAGUCUGAGCAGCAGGAGCUGCAGAUCCAGAGCUUUGAGAGUGAACUCGCCGAGAUCCGCGCCGACAAGCAGAACUUGGAGGCCAUUCUGCGGAGUCUGCCUCCGAGCUGUGCCAGCUGGCAGUGAGGGCUGCCCAGGCCCCUGCUGUGCCCCCGGCCCAGGGCACGCGCACUCCCCCACAGCUGCGCCCAGAGCUGCUGCUGCGUGCCCUCCCCCACGUGAGUCCGUGCCCAUACCCCUCCAUUCCACCGGAGUGAGUGUGCAUUCACGGCCUGCCCGGGAAGCCACUGUGUACAGUCCCCCCAAGGACACAUAAACACAGCACAGGCCCAAUAACACAUAUACACAUGCACAUGUACACGUUGUGGACACAUGCCCGUGUGUGUGGUGCACAUAUGUGCACAAGUCCAUCUUUGCACGUACACACAUAACAGCCAACGCCCAGCUUUUGAUGGAGCGCCAGCUGUGGGCCAUCUAGCCUCUUGUUGCUGGGGAGUUGUGUUACAUGCCUUGUGGCAUAAAAUGCCCACUGCUGCCCCUGAAAGCAGGGGCCCAGGCAUGGUUGGUACCUGGGAGGCUGAGGGGGGCCAUCCACAGAGAUCCAGAGUGACUUUAGCUAGGGGGUGGCCCGUCCCUGCAGGCGGGCCAUCGGCUUCAUAGAUACUUUGUUCUCAGGGUCCUGGCGCCUCUUUCAGCCUGUGGCCUGUCCAAAGAGCUGGACCUCAAGGGCCUGAGGGGCCUGGGUCAGGAGGACUCAGGUCGCAGGGAGCUCCCCUUUGUGACCUCGCUGAUCAGAAUGGCCUCUGACUGGCACUUCCCGAACUAGGCCUGUGGCUCUGGGGCCCCACCUGCCAUGAAGGAGGUCCCUGCUGGGCCUGGAGGCCUGGCUGCUUUUUCAGUCUGUCCUGCUGGGGACUCCCCCUGUGGCCAGGCCCCCUGCUGGCCUCUGUCCAGGAUUCCCUGGCAUUUCCUCCUGGCACUCCUCCCCUCUCCCGGGGCCCUUUUCCAACAGACAGCAGGGCCUUGGCACAGGGAGGAUGGGUGCCUCAGGAGGCCCAGGUCCUUCCCACAGCUCUUCCUGCCCCUGGGGGUCGCGGGGCCUGGCGGCAGCAUGAACCAGUUCUGUUUAAUGUGGAAAUAAAGGGUCUUUACGAGCUGGGUGAUGUGCCUUUGGUCCUCCCGUGCUGGCUGGCAGAGGGGCCCUGGCUACGGGUGCACACGUGGUACACGCUGGGUGUGUGACACACCCAGAGCCCAGGCAGUGAGUGGGAAGAACGUGCAGUAGCAGGAAGGUGACAAGAGCUGAGCCCACCGGCCUGGCCAGGGUCUUCCUACUGGGGGAUUUGGCUGGGGUCCUGCCUCCAUAGGCACUUGCCCUCACCUCUGCUCCAGCAGGCUCAUCAGGCAAAGUCUAGGGGCUGAGGAGUUUGAAGGGUGGGGUACAGAGAGGUCCUCAGCUGACCUCUGGUUCAGGCUGAAGACACCGAGGCAGGAAAUGAACUCAAAAGCAAGUGUCCAGAAGCACAGAAAGGUUCAGGGAGGGA